GCUUGUUGAUGACGUUAUUAUGUAACUACAAUUUUCUGCGCGAAAUACAAAAGCGACAAUACCUUUGCUGUUUGGGCGCCUUGUUUUAGUUUUACGCAACCUGGAGAUCUUCGUAGAUCUGGGAACUGCCCGCCACAUUUAGCCGACUCCUUUCGGUGUUUUCAGGUGACGGACCGUCCCGGUUCCACAUGGAGUACGGGAAGGAGAGAGUGGUGGCGCUGGUCGACAUGGACUGUUUCUACGUCCAGGUGGAGCAGCGGCUGAAUCCAGCUCUGAGGAACACUCCCUGCGUGGUGGCUCAGUACAAGACGUGGAAGGGAGGCAGUAUCAUAGCUGUGAGCUACGAGGCGAGGGCCCACGGUGUCACCAGGAACAUGUGGGUGGAUGAUGCAAAAAACCUGUGCCCAGAUCUCCAGGUGGCCAGAGUGCGCGAGUCUCACGGGAAGGCCGAUCUAACCCUUUACAGAGAAGCGAGUGUGGAAGUGAUUGAGGUGAUGUCUCGUUUCGCUGUGAUUGAGAGGGCCAGCAUUGAUGAGGCCUACAUGGACCUGACAGCAGCCGUCCAGCAGCGCUGGAAAAACAUGGCGGACCAUCAGAUCGACCCAUGCCUUCUCAGGACUACUUACAUUCAAGGCUAUCCACAAAGCGGGCCGGAACCAUCUGGCGAUGACGAUUCCAGCCAAGUUGAUGAGUCAGUCUUGAAUAAAGAGCAGAUAAGGUCCAGAGGAGUCCAGGAGUGGUUGGCAUCCUUAUCUCUUCCAUCCGUUGGACAGCAGAACUCUGCAGAGCUGCAGCUAACCCUGGGUGCGCUCAUCGUUGAAGAAAUGAGAGCAGCCGUAGAGGAACACACAGGCUUCCGCUGCUCAGCAGGGAUAUCACACAACAAGGUGCUGGCGAAACUGGCCUGCGGUCUGAACAAACCUAACAGACAAACUGUUCUGCCAUUGGACUCUGUGACUGAACUGUUCAGCACCCUGCCCAUCAGCAAGAUUCGUAACCUGGGGGGAAAGAUGGGCGCGUCGAUAACCGAAACUCUGGGAGUGGACAACAUGGGAGAUCUAACGCAGUUCUCUCAGGCUCAGCUGGGCCAGCACUUUGGAGAAAAGACAGGCCAGUGGCUGUAUGAUUUGUGUCGGGGGAUUGAGUUUGAAGCUGUGAAACCCCGACAGCUUCCCAAAUCCAUUGGCUGCAGUAAGAACUUCCCCGGGAAAACAUCGCUGGCUACAAAAGAGCACGUGCAGUACUGGCUUCAUCAGCUGGCCCUUGAGCUGGAGGAGAGGUUGACCAAAGACAGAGAAGCGAACGGCCGAGUAGCGAAGUUGCUGACGGUCGGCGUGCGUCAGCUCGGCGACAAGAGGCCGAGCAGCUUCUCUCGAUGUUGCGCAUUGGUGCGCUACGAGGCGACCAAAAUAUCCAGUGACAGCUUCGCCAUCAUCAAGAGUCUCAACACAGCGGGAAACCACCAAGCUGCGUGGACUCCGCCUCUUACCCUGCUUCACCUCUCAGCGAGCAAAUUCAGCGACGCUCCGUCCACUGGCGGGAUCACCGGCUUUCUGUCCAGCAACAUCACCUCGUCUCAGAGCCUUUCCUCUCCAACUCAGACCCUCUCUCAGCCACCAUCGGGUCUAAAAGACGGCUCCCCGUGCAGUCAACCUGGAACUAUACAAUCUUUCUUUCAAAAAGCAUCCGGGAAGCUAAAAGUUAAAAAGGAUAAAGAAGAGGUAGAUGACUGUGCAAGCUCAAAAGAAGUCUCUUUGUCUACCCCCCUAGAUCGAGAAUCUUCCACUGAUGGUCCUUUUAACUUGAAAAUCGUCGCAGGGAGUCCCCGAUCUAGCAUCUCUUCUUUCUUUGAAAAGAAAAGCUUUGAAAGAUGCUCAAAACCGUCAGCCUUGCUGAUAACGCCGUCUAAAACAGAACCUGAAAUCAAAGCUGCAAACCACUGUAAAGACUCUGAUGUUGUUGCAGAGUAUGAAGCUCAUCAGCCAGAAUUUAAAGACGCAAGCAUGGAUCCAGAGACUGAACCAGAAGAGCCUCUCAGACGGCCUGUAGAUGACCUGACAACCUGUGAACUCUGUGGUAAAGAGGUACUGGUUUGGGAAAUGCCUGAACACAAUGAUUAUCACUUUGCCCUGGACCUUCAAAAUUCGCUGUCUUCAUCUAAUAACUUGGCAGCCAUUACGUCCAGCUCGGCCGCCUCUUCUUCCUCAAAUGCGUCUCCGACUCUUGGAGCGGGAGGCAAAACGCUGCCAACACGGGGCAAAAUAAAAACAAGAGGCCAGCCAGGCCCUGCUUCAAAAAGACAGCGCUCCCAAGGAGGAGGCGUGGGUACCCUGGAUUCGUUUUUCAAAAAGACCUGAUGACAUAAGUGUGUUUGACCGCCGUAAAAACAUUGUUUAUUUAAUCCCAGCAGGACUCGUGUAUGAAAAAGCAACCUAGCAAUAGGACUAUAACUUGUGCUUCAAAGCAAUAACUCCAGAUUAAAGAAAUGAUUUAUUCUG